AGUGCAAAAAGCACGAGGGUGGAAAGAGUUUCUGCAUAUACUGUAAAACGGACCUUAUCACUAAGCUACGUUUGAUAUAAGACCAAAACUUGUACAACCAUUUGUACCACUCUAACUCCAAUUGUGCAAAAUUAUUUUACAUUUUAUUUAUCAUCCUUAAAUUAGUUAAAUUUCUUAAUAAGAGAGCAACCAUGGGAGACUUGGUCGAAUUACGUACAUUUCAACUCACCCAGAAAACAAUUCCUCUCAAGGAAUUGAGAAAAUGGAAUCUUUUCAACCCCAUCGGGGACGGAUUUUUGCAAAAUGUUCGUCUCGCACAUAUCGAUGGGCAAGUUGGGUUCCUGGCAACUACAGACGAUAAUGUGUACGCCUUGGGUACCAAUGCUUAUGGAUCCCUUUGUAUCGGCAGCAUAACUCGGGCCUCCAUACCUGUCAAAAUUGACCCUCUUUGUGGACAAACGGUUAAAGAGUUCGCCAUUGGCUGCGGUAGAACUCACUGUUUUGCGAUAACCGCGAGUUUUCGGGUGGGGCAGUAAUUCAUAUGGGAGAUUGGGGACUGGAACGGAUGACACGUCAAUAUCUACUCCAACAUUAGUUCAAUUUGAAGAAGGGGUAAAAAUUGCUAACAUUGCGGUCGGAGGUUGGCACACUCUCGCCUUAACUAUGAACACGGCUGAGGUUUUUUCAUGGGUUACAACAUAUAUGGCCAACUAGGCCUGGGGAAUAACACGAAUUAAAAUAAACCUUGUAAAGUUACUGGAAAUCUCGAGAACAUUAGAAUCCAACAGAUGUCGUGCAACCUUUACAGCUCUUUCGCAUUGAGCGAGUCGGGAGACGUGUACUCGUGGGGAUAUAACGGUUAUGGGGAAUUGUGCCUCGGAAACACCACUGGUGUAAAUGUACCUACUAAAAUAAUCAUUGACAAACUUGUGAAGAAGAUUGCAAAUGGGUUACAUCACACCCUUUUACUGACCACAUCUGGGGAGAUCUAUGCUUCCGGUCAUAAUGCACAGAGACAAUUGGGCACUGGAAACACUACAAAUUUAUCCACUUCAACCAAAAUAGCAGAAAAUUUGGGCAUCUUUGAUGACAUUUCUUGCAUGCCGUUUAGUAACCUGAGUUCGGCAAAGUCUGCGGAUAAAAUUUUUGUUUGGGGGGAAAUCCAUAAAGGAGUCACUUGUAUUAAUCCAACAGAACUGGAGAAUUUAUCAAAUUUUCCGCCCCUAAAUUUUAUCAAAUUUAAGGGGACCGCACAAAUUAUGCAUCAAUCGCUAAGUGCAUCAAACUGUGCCGAAAAUCCCCCCACUAUCCGAGAAACUCUACAGACGGCGAUAGACGGAGCAGGGACCGACGUAGCGUUUAAACUUGAGGGACACCUCAUCCGGGUCCACAAGCCCAUACUUAUUUUGCGAAGUGAUUACUUUUCACGGAAAUUUUCACAAGAUUGGAAGCAACUAGAUAACCCGAUCGAAUUGCAAGAUAUUAAACGGGAAACUUUCUACGCAUUGCUGUAUUACCUUUACACCGACAAGCUAUAUUUCUCGGAUGGAGAAAUUGAUAAAAUUUUAGAUUUGCUAAAAUUGGCUGCCAUAUAUUGCGCUACUGGUCUAAAAGGAAAAUGCGAAUCGGUUUUGGCGAAGCAGAUGGCGUUGGCAAAUGUGCUAACAAUUUAUAUAGCCGCCGGAAAGUGUAGCGCGCAAAAUCUGCGCGAUGCUGCGUUCAACUUUGGAGUUGAAAAUUGGAUGACGUUAUCCAAAUCAGGAUUACUUGACCAAGCCGACGUGAGCGGUCAAGACUUGAAGCAAUUCGUGAAGGCUUGGGCGGCAAGAUGUGAGGAGGCAAAGGUUGGUGAAAAUUCGAAUAAACCAAAGUAAAUACAUACACAUAUGGAGGUACAUACCUUUAAAAAGUGAGAAACUUUAUGUUAAGGUUACACUAAUAAACUGUCUAAAUAAUAAUAAUUAUUGCUGAUCAAUCACAACAUCUAA